AUGUCGAAACUCUUGUCGUUGUUGUUGUUGCUGGUGAUUGCUCUGAGUGCUAGCUGCGUGACAGCUAAGCCCGACCAAGUGGCCGUAGCUGCGCCUGUUGCUGCUGCUCCAGUUGUUGCUGCUGCYCCGGUUAUUGCUGCCGCCCCAUACACUGCCGCAGCCGCAGCCGCACCGCCCUAURCCGCUGCCUAURGUGCGCCCUACGCYGCAUAUUCAGCACCCUACGCGGCAUACACUUCAGCGUACGCUGCACCCUACUCAGCGGCAUACACUGYCGCCUACACGAACGCUCCAUUCAACUCUGCGGUCGCCAGCCAACGCGUGGAUAUACAAAGCAAUUACUACGCAACACCACUGAUAGCUGCUGCGGCACCUGCCAAGUUGGUCGCACCACCUGCUCCCAUUGCUGCGGCAGUUCCGGCUCCUGCUCCUGCCCGUUUUGUUGCGCCGGCCGCCGCCUACCCUGCCGCCGUGUCAGCGGCUUACACAGCUCCUUAUGCCCCCAUUGCCGCAAACGGUGUGCCAGCCGCUUAUACUGCUCCUUACAUCGCUCCAUCCGUCGCUGCCGUAGCUCCAGCUAACUAUGUCGCUCAUGCGGCUGCGGCUGUGGCUCCAGCUCCAGCUCGUUACGUUGCCCCCGCCGCUCCGGUAAUAGGUGCCCCAGUUGCUGCUGGCCCAGCCAAGCUGGUUGCACCAAGUGUUGUUGUCUGA